AUGGUCAGGAGAUUGGGGCACAAGGCCAAAUAUUUCAUCGGAAAAACACAAUUUGGAUUUAGAAAAGGCUGUAUAUUGAGCACUUCUCCAGGUGAACAUUUUACUAACCAAGGUGCUCAGAUAGGGAAAUUACCAGAUUUUGGAUCAUUACCGAUGUCAAAAGCUGUUUUGUCUGCUUUGACCCAUAAUCGAUGUGGUCGUGAUUUGAUUGUUCUAUCAUCCAUUCUUUCUGUACUGAACUCAUCGGUCAUAUUGAAAUCAAUUCCUGAUGAAUACGCACACGUGAUUAAACGAGCAUUGCGACGUUAUACAAAUUUAGAAAAAGCACUUAGUCUAUCUGAUGAUUUUCGAGAGCUUGCACAACUUCAAUCGGGCAAAUGGGAAUUAAUAGCCAAAGCCCUAUUAGCUGGUUAUUCGGACAAGGUAUAUGUAUCACUAAAAAUCCUUCAAGGUAAAACACAACAAUUUCUGAAGUAUAAUUUUGCAACAUCACAAUCUCCAUCGAAUGAAACAGUGGCCGUUAUAGACAUAUCAUCUAAGCUACGAACGAAAAAUAAAGGACCGUCACCCGCUUCUCUCGUACUAGCACGUGAUGUUCUCUAUUUGACUACAGUACGUUCAACAGCCAUCCUAUCAUUUGUCGGACAAAUUGAAUCAUUGUGGAUUGAAUAUACAAUUGUUCGUGAAUUACCAUUGAAUGAAAAUGAAGAAAGAAAACUCAAUGACGAUAAUAUUUUAUCGAAUGCAAAUAAACAGUUUUCACACAUACAUAUACAUAUUAGUAACAAAACACUGAUACUCCGUGGUCCAUCCGGUGAAGUACUAAAUGCUGAAUUAUAUAUUCGUCAGCAGUUGGUAACAGAAUUUAAAUGUACUUUGUCUUCGGUUAUCACAGGGCAAGUAAACGACGCUCUAGCUAGAAAUUUAACAUUGGUUACAAAAAUGCGGACUGAUCUAUUCGGACCCUUACGAUGGCGAUGGGAAGCACAACAUCAAGUAAAAAUACGGACGAAAAAUAAUCACACCAAUGGAACAGUUGAUAUCACAGUGGAAGGUCUUGAUUCACAAAAUCAACUAGUACAUAAAGAAUUUCAAUCAUUUUUAAAAUGGUUACGUAAUUGUGUUGUCAUAAGAAAUCCAGAUUCAGCUGUUCCGCCACGUAUGCUGAAACCACAAGUACGUAAAGAAUAUGCAGAUAUGGAAGAGAAGAUCAGUCAUGUAACAAACAAAGAUCGGUCACCUGUCGACAUAUGGAAGAGUCUUCAAGGUCCAACAGCGACACGUGAAACACGUAUGGAAGUUGUUGCAUGGGUGGCUGUUUGUGAGUUUAAGUGUCGUUUGGAAGGUGGAUUUGUGCGCGAUUGGAUUGUGGGGAACUAUUCGACGACACCAGCUAACUUGUCGCCAAAACAAUGGAUCGUGUACCAGCCGGGGACUAGCAUGCCAAUGUUGAACAAACAAUUAGUUCCAUCAGAUCUUGAUUGUCAUUUACCAGCUUCAGAGUACUUUGAUAUUGAAAGAUUUUCGGAUAGAAUGCAUAAAUUUAAAAUUAGUAUCAAAGUAUUUCGACAAGAUUGGCGAUAUGUCCUAUUGUUGGAUGAAGACUACAAAACAGGACCAUUUACUAUGGAUCUGAUCGAACCACAUAUCGCACUCACACAUGAUCGUAUUGAUUUUGAUGUCAGUAAUUUAUCUUUGGAGAAAGAUUAUACCAGAGAACUGGGUAUGCGUGUGAAUAUAACCAGUGGAUCACAUCCAAUUCAAUUGGAACAAAUUGUCGAUAAUAUUCGUAAUAAACGUUUUCAGGUAUUGCGACCGAUCGAAGGUGAACAGGGUGUAGCGAGUCCGGGAGCAAUAAGCGAACGUAUAGACAAAAUGAAAGCAAGAGGAUGGACGCAACUUGACGAAGUAUUGUCUUUUGUACCUGAUCCACCUACAACCUACAAUGCCGUACUUGUACCAUUUCCUUCGUCGACAACUCUCUAUCAAAAUCUUGUUACAGAAAUGAGAAAGAUACCCGGUUCAAACGUGAUAUCCAUCGAACAAAUUAAAAAUCCAGAUAUUGAAGCUCUGUAUGAAUACAUGAAAAGGACAAUAUCAAAAGAAUGUCCAGGAAACGAUCCUAAUGAACGGGAACUGUUUCAUGGAACGAAAGGAGUUGCCAUUGAUGGAAUAUUUAAUCGAGGAUUUGAUGAUUGA